GGUGCCAAAGAAACCAAACCUAAUCCCAGUUCAAUUAUUUUCUGGCCUUCCUAUGCCCAAAAAGGAGAAUUUGGGUAAUCCCUACUUCAAAUAAUGUCUCUCUCCGUCUUUCUCUUUAUGCUUGUCACCGUUCCUUUCCUCCUCGCUCUCUCUCAAACAGGCCCAACAGGUUAUCUCUUAGAUUGUGGCGCUGAUCAAUCUUCGGGUGGCGGAGUCACCGUGAAUGGCUUGAGAUACGUGACCGACGAAGGCUUUACCUCCGCCGGGAAUAUCACCAAGCUCAAACAGAAGGACCUGGUAUCGAUUCUCUCCACUCUUCGCUACUUCCCAGACACCUCUGCCCGCAAAUUCUGCUACUCGAUUCCGGUGAUCAAAGGCGCCAAGUACCUUUUGAAGACGACCUAUUACUAUGGAGGAUUCGACGGUGGGAAUAAGCCGCCGGUGUUCGAUCAGAUCGUCGACGGCACCCAAUGGGGUGUCGUUGAAACGACCGAGGACUACGCCAAUGGGCUUAGCUCCUUCUACGAGAUUAUCGUUUUGGCCAUGGCGAAGACGCUCAGUGUCUGCCUUGCUAGAAACCCGGAAACGAUGUCGAGCCCAUUCAUCUCGGCUUUAGAGGUGGAGUACUUGGAUGACUCGCUGUAUAAUACCACGAAUUUUAACAAGUACGCGCUCAGUACCGUGGCCAGGUGUAGCUUCGGUGAAAAUCAUCCUAUUGGCUUUCCAGAUGACAAAUUCAACCGGAUAUGGCAACCCUUCAAGGGCCUAAAUCCCGUCGUGAUUAGCCACUACAAAGUGAACCCUUCAGAAUUCUGGAAUGUCCCACCUGCAAAAGUAUUCCAGAACGCCAUUACAACCAGUCGAGGAAAGAGGCUGCAAAUCCAGUGGCCACAAAUGUCACUAUCCACUGCUGACUACUACGUUGCCCUUUACUUCCAGGACAACAGGACGCCAAGCCCAUAUAGCUGGAGAGUCUUUGAUGUCUUAGUAAAUGGCAAAAAAUUCUAUGGUAGUCUUAAUGUUACGACCAGAGGUGUGACGGUCUAUUCCUCUCUGUGGCCACUAUCUGGUCAGACCGAGAUCAUCUUGAUUCCUGGUAAUGAAAUGCCUGUUGGACCCGUGAUCAAUGCUGGUGAAGUCCUGCAGAUUCUGCCCCUUGGUGGAAAGACCCUCUCUAAAGAUGUGGUGGCAAUGAUGGAUUUGGCAACACACCUUAACAAUCCGCCCCCAGAUUGGAGUGGCGAUCCUUGCUUGCCUAAGGAGAAUUCAUGGACUGGGGUUACAUGUUCUCAAGGGAAAUUUACUCGAGUUGUUGCUUUGAAUUUAACCACCAAGGGACUGUCUGGAACUCUGCCUCCAACCAUAGCAAAUUUAACCGCACUCAAUCAUAUAUGGCUUGGGGGUAACAAACUCUCGGGCACCAUUCCAGAAAUGUGGUCACUAAAGGACUUGAGGAGUUUGCAUUUGGAGAACAACCAGUUUGAAGGACCGGUUCCUAAGUCGUUGGGUCAACUUCCACAUCUUCGUGAGAUAUUCCUUGAUAAUAACAAUCUUGAUGGCCAAAAUUCUGUUACAACACAAUAGGAAAAUGUCGAAAGCAUACAUUUGGGGUAAGAAACUUGGUAGAGCUGAGAAGAAUCUGAGAGGAACAAUGGGGAUGCCUUUCAAAAGCAAUGAAUGAAAUCCAAAUUUUCUGAUUAUGAUAUUGGAUUAUCUUGAGAGAUGAUAGCGAAAUCUAAGAAAUACUGGUGUGGUUUCGGGACUUGUGUCUAUUUGUAGUAAAGAAGCCACAUAUUGUUUCAAUGGGAUAAGAAGCCACAUUUCUAAUCACAGAAGAAAAAAGAAAGAAAAAAACAUGAGUGGAACAAAUAUGAGUAGGUAUACACAGUUGAAUCAUAUGAAUUUGUUAAUGAGAAGUUGGAAGGAAUAUUCUAUAAUAAGUUCUUGUUAUUUGCUCUAAA